CAUUCAUGGAAUCUUGUGGCGAAGGGUUAGUUAAAAGUCGACUGUAUUGAAGGAAUCGAAACUGAUCUCUCAAUCACGGGAUUCUUUUUCUUCACCGCCUUGAUCACUAUACUCUUGAAAUAUAUACUUGCAUAGAAAGUGUAUAUUUGCUUCUCUGCUUCACCAUUCUCCCUUUGAUGAAUUCAAGGAUCUUUGCAAAAGAUAUUAGUAUAUGUUUUCGUCUUCAAACCGGCACCAGGACCAUAAACAUAGAUUCCUCCCGAUCUGCCGAUUUGCUCACUCUAUACCUUCCUCUAUCGUAUGAUAUUAUCGCUAUUGGCUAAGAGUCCAAGGAAAUAUGGAGGUCUGAGCUACUCAACCAAUGAUGUUGGUACAGUUCUUGCUAUCUCAGGUUUUUGUUUAUACCUUGGCCGAGAAACUGCUAGGACUUGUACUGGUUACCCGUUUUGUUGGGGCACUGUUGUCACCAAUACAAAUGACUUAUCCAUUUAUAACAAAUUUAUCAGGUUCUCCUUCUUGUUCCCAAGAAAAAUGGCCGAGGAGUACAACAAAACGUUGUUGGAGAACAAGACGUACCAUGAUGGAUGUUCGGGAUGCAAUGUUGAACGGAUGAAGCAGCGCCGACUAGGGUAUCCGUAUAUGGAGCUCUCUUUCGUUUGGAUCGUUGUUCUCUCCACUUCUCUCCCGAUUUCCUCGCUUUACCCCUUCCUCUAUUAUAUGGUGGAGGAUUUUGGUGUCGCCAAGACAGAGAGGGACAUCGGGUUUUAUACCGGAUUCGUCGCUUGCUCGUUUAUGCUUGGGAGAGCAUUGACGUCAGUAUCGUGGGAGAUUGUCUCCGAUCGUUAUGGAAGAAAACCCAUCAUAAUCGUGGGAACAGUCUCCAUGUUAAUUUCUGCUUGGGAGUUUCAACUGUCUGCUUGGAACAAUGAAGGCGUUCCCUUUUCAGAAAAGAUGGAAGGCCAAAAGCAACAUCAACACCAUAAGAAGCAGUGUGACCCUGAGGAAAGCCAUCAUCACCACGUGGUUGAGAUUUUAUCAGCAGAGGCAAGAUUGGUGCUGGUACUGAAGAAGACAUGUGGAGAAGCUCCUUGCGGGUUCUCUGAUGCGAAGACAAUUUCAAGAGACGCUGCAGAACGCUCAGCAUCUAUGAGGAAGCUCUCAGUACAGUUCUUGCUAUCUGAGACUGAUAACACUUCAUUUUUAGGUCUCGGCCUAUUCUUCUUUCAAGUUUUUGUUUAUCUUUUAGCCGAGAGACUGCUAGGACCUGUGCUGGUGACUCGUUUUGCUGGGGAACUGAUGAGUGAUGAUACCAAUACAAGCGGCUUAUCCAUUAUAGCAAAUUUAUCAAGUCUUAGUCUAAGCUUGAUGUUAAGUUGUCCAUCAAUCCUCCUAAAUGUGCUAAGUGUGUCUGCCAUAACCGGCUUGUUGACUCUGCAAAAUAAAGCUGUGUUGGACCAGCUGGAGCUGUCACCUCAUUUUCUUGGAGCUAAAGGCGACUCGACACUGCAUUUCUAUCAGGUAUCGCAUUACUUUCCUUUGGCCAUUCUGAUCUCAUAUGGUGUUCCUUGUCCUGAAUGUGAUAGUCGUGGUCGAAGUAGCUUUCAAGUUCAAGCCAUUUCUUACCACGUCUCAAAGGAGAAAUGGGAGAGAGAGGAGUUCCAGAGAUUCUGCCAAAGAGUGGAAUGCACCAUUAGAGCUUGGUACCACCUGCACUUUGAGGAUCUUAUGCAACUGUAUUCACUCUUCGAACCUAUCCGUGGCGCACACAGGCUUAACCAACAGAAUUUAUCUCCUCGUGAAAUCGAUGCUCUUGAAGAUCAAUUUCUUCUUCAUUUAUUCCAGGUCAUGGAGAAGAGCAACUUCAAAGUGAUAACUAAUGAAGAAAUACAAGUAGCUCUCUCUGCUCAAUAUCGUCUCAAUCUUCCUAUUGUUGUUAAUGAAGCUAAGCUUGAUACAAAGUUGUUAACAAGAUUCUUCACCAAGUUUCCCCGGGAUGAUCUUCCUCGUUUCGCUGAUAAGUAUAUAAUAUUCAGACGUGGGUUUGGGAUAGAUCAUAUGAAAGCUUACUUCUUCCUAGCCAAAAUAGAUACAAUCCUUGUCCGUAUUUGGAACUUUCUACUCACUAUCACAUGUUUAAAAAGACUUAUAUAUGGGAAAAAGAAUGAAAUAGGGUUGUCAGAGCAGAUUGAUAUUAGCAUUGAAACAGAGAAGGAUAGUUUAUACAUCGAAAGAAUCCGCAUAGAGAAGCUCAAGCUCAGUCUCUCCAAGUUGAUGAAAAAGAUAACAAUCCAAGAGCCUACCUUUGAGAGGAUCAUUGUAGUAUACAGGAGAGUUUCAGGGAAGAAGGAAUCAGAAAGGAACAUAUAUGUGAAACACUUUAAGACCAUUCCAAUGGCUGAUAUGGAAAUCGUGCUUCCAGAGAAGAAAAAUCCAGGUCUUACGCCACUGGACUGGGUCAAGUUUCUUGUCUCUGCUGCCAUUGGACUGGUAACAGUGGUAAGUUCAGUGAGCCUCAAAAAGACUGAUAUAAGAGUCAUUGCAGCCAUACUUAGCACGGUCGUGGCCUACUGCGUUAAAACAUAUUUCACGUUUCAGAGAAACUUGGUAGAUUAUCAGAGCCUUAUCACAAGAUCUGUGUAUGAUAAGCAGCUAGACAGUGGAAGAGGUACUCUGCUUCACUUGUGUGAUGAAGUCAUCCAACAAGAGGUUAAAGAGGUCAUCAUUUCAUUUUUCAUGCUAAUCAAGAAAGGGUGUCCCACAAGCAAGGAAGAGCUUGACAUGCAAAGUGAAGCAUUUAUCAAAGAAGAAUUCAAUGAAAGCUGUAAUUUCGAUGUGGAUGAUGCUAUCACGAAGCUUGAGAAGCUUGGACUUGUAUCUCGUGAUUCAGAAGGCAAGUAUAGAUGCGUGGGUAUGAAGGAAGCAAACGAGAUAAUGGGGACAACUACGGAAGAGAUGGUACUCAAGGCAAGAAAAGGUGGAGAAUAUGAAGACGAGGAGACAACAGAGAAUGAGCCUCAAAUAAAUCCUCAAGAUGAACUUACCGCAAAGGAAGAACGUUUUCAAUCUCGGUAUGAUGAGUUUGAGUCCUUGUGGAUGUAACAAAGAUUUCAUGUCAUUCAAGACCCAUAGAUUUAACAUU